CGCCAGGGUCGCCACAGGGGUCGGACCACAAUCUAGUCAUUAAAACUUUUUUUUAUAAUUGUAAUUUUUAUAAUUUUUUAAUCAAAAGCCAUCAUGAAAGUGUUCAUCGUACUAGCAGCAGUCACCGCGAUUGCGAGUGCCCAAUUCAAAUGUCCCAACAAAGACGGCCAGUACGAGGACUCCGUCCAGUGUGACAAGUUCUACGAGUGCGUGGAUGGUGUCGCCACCACCAAGCUCUGCCCCGACGGUCUGGUGUUCGACCCCACCAUCAGGAAGAUCAACAAGUGCGACCAGCCCUUCAACGUAGACUGUGGAGACAGGACUGAACUGCAACCUGCCAAGCCUACCACCCAGUGCCCCCGCCGCAACGGUUUCUUCGCUCACCCCGACCCCUCCGUCUGCAACAUCUUCUUCAACUGCAUUGAAGGUGAAGCUAUCGAGGUCAAGUGUACCGCUGGACUCCACUUCGACGAGUACUCCGGCACCUGCGUGUGGCCCGACUCUGCUGGCAGACAGGGAUGUCAGGCCCAAGAAAAGAAGACCAAGGAUGGUUUCGAGUGCCCCGUCCAGCAGAAGGUCGACGCCCAAGGCCAGACCGUUGCCCACCCUAAGUUCCCCCACCCCACCGACUGCCAGCGUUUCUACGUGUGCCUGAACGGUGUCGAGCCACGUGACCUUGGUUGCCAGGCUGGUGAGGUCUACAAUGAGGAGUCCCAGAGGUGUGAUGCCCCUGAGAAUGUGCGCGGAUGCGAGGACUGGUACAAGGACUCCGAGGAAGCCGCGCCCGCACCCAAAGCCAGGUCUUAAGCCUCCCUAGUGAUACUCUAAUAUAGUUGUAUUGUAAGACUCAAUAAGUUAAAUACAUUUUAAGAUAAACGA